AUGAAGUCGAUUGUCGUUUUCGCUCUUUUCUCUGUCGCUGCUGCUCAAUUCGGAGGAUAUGGACGUGGUAGAGGUGGUCCAGGUGGCCCUGGAGGACCAGGAGGAUUCGAAGGAGGACCAUCAAAUGGGAAUGAGCUCACUUAUGAAGCAAAAGGAAGACUCAUCUGUGGAUUGACUGGAGUUGAUAAGGUUCGUGUCGUUCUCUGGGAUCGUUUCCGUGGACGGGAGAACAUUGUCUAUGACGAGACCUAUACCGAUGUCGUUGGAAACUUCCGUCUUCGUGCCACCCGAAAUGGAUUCGAUGGAAAUUUGAUUCAACCAUUCCUCACCAUCUAUCAUGAUUGCGAUGAUGCCGCCACUCCAGGACUCCGCAAGAUGACUGUUCAACUCCCACCCCAAUACACUAAUCAAGGAUCAUUGGCUUUGAAGUCAUUCGACAUCGGAACAUGGAACCUUGAGACUUCUUUCGCUGGAGAAGAGUUGGAAAUUCAAGGUGGAGCUCUUGGAAACCGUCCACUUGGAGGAGGAGGAGGAUUCCAACAAGGACUCAGAGGACAAUUCGGAGGAAACAGAGAAAUCUUUGCUCAUGGAGGCCGUGCUGAGUUUGGAGAGUCUUCGAUAACUGUCUAA